GCCCUGUGUCCCCCCGGCCGCAGCUACAUCCGCUACUCGCAGAUCUGCGCCCAGGCUGUGCGGGCCGCCAUGAAGCCGCAGUACAAAGCGGAGGCGGAGAAGGCAGCGGUGGCCACGGUGAAAACGGUGAAACCCAAAAAGGACUGAAAU